CCAGCUUUCGCCAUGAAGCGGCCCAGGGCGCCCAGUGGCUCCGACGGCGAGUCUGAUGGACCCAUCGACGUGGGUCAGGAGAACGAUCUUAGCCAGAUGGCCAGACCGCUGACCACCCCCAGCCCUUCGCAGAUGCAAGCCCGGAAGAAGCGCAGAGGGAUCAUAGAGAAACGGCGCCGAGACCGCAUCAACAGCAGCCUGUCUGAACUGCGACGAUUGGUCCCCACUGCCUUUGAGAAACAGGGCUCCUCUAAGCUGGAGAAAGCUGAGGUUUUGCAGAUGACCGUGGAUCACUUGAAGAUGCUCCAUGCCUCUGGUGGCGCAGGGUUCUUUGAUGCCCGAGCCCUGGCUGUUGACUUCCGGAGCAUUGGAUUUCGGGAAUGCCUCACUGAGGUCAUAAGAUACCUGGGGGUCCUGGAAGGACCCAGCAGCCAUGCAGACCCCGUCCGGAUUCGCCUCCUCUCCCACCUCAACAGCUAUGCAGCAGAGAUGGAACCCUCGCCCACAACCACCGGUGCCCUGGCCUUUCCCGUGUGGCCCUGGUCCUUCCUCCAUAGCUGUCCAGGCUUGCCUUCCCUGAGCAGUCAGCUAGCCAUCCUGGGAAGAGUGCCCGGCCCCGUCCUCCCCAAUGUCUCUUCUCCCCCUUACCCGAUCUCAGCCCUGCGGUCCGCACCAGUGCACAGAGUUGCUGGUGCCAUUCCCCCAGCCCAGCGGAAUUUGCUGCCCAGCCGAGGGGUGACUUCCUCCCAGAGAGCCCACCUUCCUGAGAGGCCAGCUGCCCCUCCACCCACAGCCCUAGGUGUCAGGGCUGCCAGGAGCAUAGUCCCCAUCCUGCCGUGUUCCUCCCCAGCAGCCCCUGGACCUGGGAAAUCUGAUGACAAUGCGUCUGGUUCUAUCUCCAGUUCAUCUCCUUCGGGACCAACGGGGAGGCCUGCGGGAGCAGUGUUCUACCACUCCUGGGUAUCGGAAAUCACUGAAAUUGGGGCUUUCUGAGCUGACUCCCGCAACCAUCCCCUAGGAACGAGGAAGGUUCUCUAUUUUCUCUCCCUGAAGCCCUAAAAGUGGUGUCACCUUUUCUGUUUUGUUUUCUCAAGUGGCUUCUCUGCAGAGGCACCUCUCCUCACCCGUCAGAGCCCCACUCCCUCACCCUCCUCACCACUGACCCCGAUACCCACCUGGCUCCCUGCAGCCUUUUGAGAGCUCAGUCUCAUUUCCCACUGGCACAGAGGAGUUAUGUGGCGUCUUGUGAACCCUUAGGCACUGUGGGUCCAAAGCCAGGUUGCUCCAAUGAAGAGGUGAGACACAGAGCCCACCUCAGUCGGGACGACCGGUGGGAUUCAGCCAUCCCAAGCCAGCAGGAUAGAAUGUACUCCCUGCUUCCCUUCCUGAAGACAAGAAACGGAGCAGGGGCUGCGGAGAAGUCUCUGUGGCUCACCCCACAACAGUGAAACACAGACCUGUUCUCCGGUACGUCUAAGGCCUGCAGCUACCAUCAUCCCAACUUCAGUUGUCCAUGAUCACCUACUGGCUUGACACACCAGGCCAGGCGGAUUCUCCACAGAAUCGAAGCUCUGUGGCAGGGCGUCCUCACUAUCAGGCUUCUAAGUUGCUUCAGACAGGAGCCAGGGUUGGGAAGGCAACAGAAGAACCCAGCUCCCUGUCUCUCAGGCACCACCAUCCUCCAGGACUACAGCCCUUCCCACAGGGUUCCCAGUGUGGAGGACCAGUGACCCUGAUGGUGGAACCCCCCCAAGAGGCUUUCUCUUGGGAUUCAGCCCCAGACAUCUGAACUGCCUGGUUUGCAUCCGGCUCCCAGAGCCCAGACUGCUGCCACAGCCAAGGGCUGUCAGGCUGGAUAAAAAUAACCCAGAGGAGGGGGAGAACCACCAGAGGUGGCUCUUCAAGGUCAUGGAGUGGGUUGAGGGCCUGAGAGCCUGCUCACCCAGAUUUCACACAGCUGGCUCUGCUCAGAGGCCGGCUCACGCCUCAGCUCCACCUCAGGCCCCAGGCUUCUAGUGGGAAUAAAUGGCCAGUGGAACGACAGAGCCUGAACCAACAUUUAGGGUUGUCCCAUAAUCAGACAAAGUGUGGAAACAUUUCUGUCCUCUAUGGUGAACACCUGCUCCCCACGGUGCCCUCCAGGAC